AUGAUAGACAUUCAUAAAUGUGUUAGGAAUUUUAACAAUUCAAGGCUUAUGGAUCCUACCUGGUUAGCUAGGAAAUUUAUGAAGGAGUUGAUUAGGAAACCUAUUAAAAUGCAAAGAGAUGCAGGUAGGGAUGCCAAUAAUCAAGUGUAUCCUAUAGCUUGGGCAGUUGUUAAUGUAGAGAACAAGAACAACUGGAAAUGGUUCCUGGAUUUGGUUAAUGAUGAUCUUGGAUUGCAGGGUGCAAAGGGUGUGUGUGUAAUCAGUGACCAACACAAGGGACUUGUUGAAGCUAGUAAAGAUAUCCGACCAUAUGUUGAGCACAGGCAAUGUGCAAGGCAUAUCUAUGCCAAUUUCAGAAAAGUUUAUAGUGGAGUGCAGUUCAGAAACAUGUUUUGGGCAGCUGCAAAAUCUAACAUAGAAGGAGAUUUCAAGUUUAAUAUGGAAAGGAUUAGGGAAAUAAGUUCUGCUGCUUAUGAUCAUACCAUGGCAAGGGAACCAACUUCAUGGUGCAAGGCUUAUUUCUCUAUUGGCUUGGCUUGUGAGGCGGUAGAGAAUGGGAUUGAUGAGUGUUUCAAUGCAAUCAUUGUAGACGCAAGAAAGAAACCUUUGCUGACUAUGCUUGAAGAUAUUAGGCUUUACAUGAUGGAAAGGGCUUUCAAUCUGAAACAAGAGGCUGAAAAUUGGGUUGGUGAAGUUUGUCCUUCCAUGAUAACAAAGAUGGAAGAAUUUGGAGAAGACAUUAAAAGUUGGCAUGCCGUUCCAAGUGGAGUGAAUGAAUAUGAAGUAAGGAAUGGGUUUCAAAACUAUGGAGUUAACUUGAAGGAAAAAUUUGUGCUUGUAGAUUAUGGGAAAUUUCAGGAAUACCUUGUGUGCAUGCAUAAGUGGCAAUACUGUACACCAAUCAAGAUCCAGUUAACUUUAUAA